AUGUGGCCAUAUCAGGGCUCUCCUCUCCCUCCUCAGCUUCUGCAGGAACCCAUCACAGUCUGUAUCUUCCAUUUGGCUGUCGCUGACUUUGGCUUCCUGCUCUUUGUGGUGACCUCCAUCCUGCUCCACCUGCUGGAGGAAGUUUCCUGCUCCACUAUUAUGCUCCUGGAGUACCUGAGGUUGUUUUCUCUGCUCCUGCUGUUCUCUUACUCCAUGGGGCUCUAUCUGCUGACAGCCAUCACCAUCAAGAGGUGCACAUCCAUCCUCUGCCCACUCUGGUACUGCUGCCACUGUCCCCAGAAACUGUCAGGGUUCAUGAGUGUUCUUCUCUGGGCCCUCCCCUUUGUUACAAUGGUUAUCCUGUACCAGUCACACAAGCCCCAGUACUGCCAGGUGUCUCUCAUCUCCAUGUAUGCCCUCAACCUCCUGCUCUUUGCUCCAGCUAUGGUCAUUUCCAGCACAGUUCUCUUCAGUGAAGUCAAGCCUGCCUCCCAGCAGCAGCAACCCAAGAGACUCGACAUCAUUAUCCUCCUCACUGUGUUCUUCAUCCUCCCCUUCACUCUCCCACUCAGCCUCUGGACUUUACUGCUGCAGUUCGGCUACGCCAUUGUGUCAUCCCAAGUGGUUUUCUUGCUCACCUGCGUCCUCAGCACUGUCAAUCCCUUCAUCUGCUUCUUGGUGGGGAGCAGGAGGCCCUGCUCUGUGGAGUGUUGCAGGAGGCCCUGCUCCAUGGGGUCCCUAAGAAAGGCCCUCCUGAGAGUCUUUGGGGACACAGAAGAAAACAAUGCCUGCAGCAAUGAUCCCAUCAUGGACACAGUGCUCUGAGCCUGUUGAUUCCUGCCACUCCACUGCUGAAUAACCCCAGGAUGGCAGCUGAGGGAUUCCUUGAUCCACCUGAUCAAUAAAUACCCACAGUAUCACCCUCCCUGUGCUGGUGCAUCCUCGCCCUCUUUCCAGUCCAAACUGAGAUCUGAGAAAUGCUCCUGGCCAAUGAAUUCCAUUGUGCUGCCGCUUAAUAUUAAAUGUGGUUUUUACUGAUCCCCUUGGCGGUGAUUUUUUCAGCCAUCUCAAACACUCGUUUGGAACACUCCCGCGGUGUAAUCCUGCAGGAGAAGGGAGCAGCGGCAUGUGGGAGGGAUGCUCUGAUGGAGCACAUGGGAGCAGGGCUUUCCUCCUCCCUCCCGGGUCCUAGAACACCAUGGCCUGGAGGGGCAGAGACACUGCCGGGAGUCUCGGAUGGAGCAGGAAAGGAGCGGGGCUGUCGGGGUGGAAGGU